AUGGAAGAGCUGCCUGAAAUUUCAAAAGAGUUCAUCGAACCGAUAUUGCCAUGUCUGGGUUUAUUGAGAAAUGUUCAUAUUUUGAUUUAUGCACAUGGUAAACCUUUUUGGAACGAAAAAUGUCAUUUGACCUUGAACAUAGUUUCAGUUGUAACUUAUCUAUUUUCCUUGACUAUGUAUAUGGGAAAAGUUUUUAGAGGAGAACUACAACUUGAGGAGUUAGCUUAUGUUAUCAGCGUUUAUGUCGUCAGUGUACAAGCCAUCCUCAAAGGUUCGGUUGUCGUCCUUUACAAGAAGGAAAUAAGGGCUAUAAUCCUGCAGCUGGGAAGUAUGUGGAGGGUGGAACAUCUAACUGAAGUACAGAUUAACAAGAAGAAUACGUUACUGAGGAGACUAAAGUUCUGUUAUGCAGUUUUCUACUGGAUUAAUAUGAUUGGAUCUUGGCAAUACAUACUGGCUCCUUUAUUGGAAACAGUUACCCGCAAAUUUAUUUUACUGCAGGAAUGUGGGCUGUUACUUCCAUUUUCUUGCAGCUUUCCUUUUGAUCCUACUGGGAACUGGGCAAGAUAUAUCGGUGUAUAUAUUUUUGAGACUUACAGCAUGUUUAGAAUCAUCUACGUCUACCUAGGAACAGAAUUUCUCAUGAUUACCUUAUGUUCUCACUUGACAACUGCAUUCACGUUGCUCCAAGAAGAUUUACUAAACAAUGAACCAGGAAACUUUAGAAAUCUGAAGACUAUAAUUGUUCAUCAUCAGAAAUUGAUAAGCAUAUCAAAACAAUUGGAUGAUAUUUUCAAUAAAGUCAUAUUCGUCAAUUUAUCUUCAGCGAGUAUUUCGAUGUGUUUCUUCGGAUUUUGUGCUAAGGUCGCUCAUCGAGCUCUUGACAUGGCGAACAAUUUUAUCGCAGUUCUCACUUUGACGUUGCCUUUAUUUAACUUAUGUGAUUAUGCAGAACGGUUGAGAGAAGCUAGUGCAGGAAUGGCAGAUUCAGUAUAUAACAACUUGUGGUAUUUAAGUGAUAAACAUUAUCAAAAGCUUCUGUGGUUUAUUUUGAGAAGGUCCCAGAAACCAUGUUGUUUAACUUCUUUGAAAUACAGUGAAAUUGGCUUGAAUACGUUUUCUGCGGUACUGAGCACAACUUGGUCGUACUUCUCUCUAGCUUCGAGUCUAUAUGAAAGUGAAACUUGA